CCGCCAUAAUAGUUCUAUCAAAGACAAAACGCCGGUCUUUUAUUUCUCGUUUUCCGCCCAGAAGAAAGUGAAUAAAUUUUUAGUGGAAAAUUAGUAAAUGAUGGCUGCAAAUAAUUAUUUUGGGUUUACCCAUGGAGGGACCCAAUAUGGUGCGGCCACAGCUAGCGCAGCUUACGGCGGCCAAACGGGGUACGCCGUGGCGCCUGCUGCGACCGCCGCGACGUACGGAACACAACGUGCCGCAGCUACAGGAUAUGAUACUGCGUACCAGGCAGCAGCCACGCAGGCGGCCCAUGCCCACGCCCACGCUCACGCGGCUGCUGCGGCGGCGUCGGCGUAUGACGCGAGCAAGUCUGCGUACUACCAGCAAGCAGCGGCCGCCUACCCCGCCGCUGCUCCCCCACAACCACAACCCACAUAUGAUGCGGCGGCCAAGCCGGCUUACUCUACACCCGCAACAUAUGCGCAGCCGUUGGUGACUCAGUAUGGCCAGGGCGGUGCUCGCGGGGGAGGCACCAAGGCGGCGUACGGCAGCGUGUACACCGCCACCACCGCCGCGUCCUACCCCAGCCAGCCCUACACCCAGCCCGCGGCACAACCCGCCAAGCAGACGGCUAACAGGGGCACCUCUGCUUAUGAUACAGCUCUCUACAACGCGGCGACCAUGUAUGUGGCCCAGCAGAACAAAACCGGAGGCGGAGGUGGCUGGAAGAACUAUAAGGCCGGCGGAGCGGGUGCGGGCCAGGCGCGUCGCCCCAAGCCGCCACCUAAGGCGCAACAGCUCCACUACUGCGACGUGUGCCGCAUCUCGUGCGCCGGUCCUCAGACAUACAAGGAACAUCUCGAGGGACAGAAGCACAAGAAGAAGGAGGCGGCCGUUAAGCUGGCGGCGGCGGGUGGCGGAGGCGGCGCGCGGGCCUGCGGGGCCUCGGCGCUGCGCUGCGAGCUGUGCGACGUGACGUGCACCGGCGCGGACGCCUACGCCGCGCACGUGCGGGGCAUCAAGCACCAGAAAGUGGUGAAGCUGCACACCAUGCUGGGCAAGCCCAUCCCCUCCACCGAGCCUACCAAGCUGCAGCCCGCCAAAAAGACGGUGGCCGGCGCGCCCAAGAUCGCGUUCGUGGCGUCCGGGGGACUCAGCACCGUGGCCGCCGCUGACGCUCGCUCGCCCGCAGACAAGGACGACGACAAGGAUGACGAGCCCGAGGCCGAACCCGAGGUGCAGCCCGUGGGGCAAGACUACAUCGAGGAGAUCCGGGGCGACGACGGCAAGGCUCUCAGCUUCAACUGCAAGCUGUGCGACUGCAAGUUCAACGACCCCAACGCCAAGGAGAUGCACAUGAAGGGGCGCCGGCACCGGCUGCAGUACAAGAAGAAGGUACAACCCGACCUGGAGGUGAAAGUGAAGCCGUCGAUGCAUCAGCGGAAGCUGGCCGAGGCGAAGGCGCAGCGCAUGUUGGUGCGUGACGAGAUAUGGGCCAGGCGACGCAUGCACGAUGGAGGGGACGAGGACGAGCGACUGUACUGGGAGGGAGCGGACUGGUGGAGGACGCCGCACCAUCAUCACCACCAUGGCAUGUCUCUGGGCUACGGGCCAGUGGGGCGGCGGCCGGAGACGUCGGACGACCGGCACGUUCUCGCCAAACACGCCGACAUCUACCCCUCGGAGGCCCAGCUGCAGGACAUACAGCGAGCCGUCUCUCACACCGAGAAGGCGCUCAAGUCGCUGUCGGACGCGCUCGCUGAACAGGCACGUCCUAAGGGUCAGCCAUCAAAAUCACAAAUCAAGCAGGAAGAUAAGAAGGAGGAGAAGGUGGAGGGGAAGGAAGACGGACGAGACAACCAACUGUUCUCGUUCGUGGCCGAGGGCGAGGCGGCUCCGUGCGCGACCUCUGGCGCCGCGCGCGCUUUGAAGGGAGUGAUGCGAGUGGGUCUGCUGGCCAAGGGUCUGCUGCUGCGAGGAGACAAGGACGUGCGUCUCGUGGUGCUCUGCCACGACCGACCCACCGUCACGCUGCUCAAGAGGGUCGCCGCCGACCUGCCUGCGCAUCUCAACAAGGUCAAGGGUCCGUCUGAGGAGCCUCGUUACAAGGUGGAGCUGCAGGCGGCCGAAGGAGCCGUGCAGGUGUCAGAUGGGAACGUGGCCGUCAGGGUGUCGCUGACCUCCGCCGUUAUGAGGGAACCGGCCGAGGGUGGCGACAUAAAGCGAGACGACAAGGAUGUGCUACCGCGGCAGAAGUGUUUGGACGCGUUGGCCGCCCUUCGGCACGCCAAGUGGUUCCAGGCUAGGGCGGCCAGUCUGCAGUCGUGCGUCAUCAUCAUCCGCAUCAUGCGGGACCUCUGCCGCCGUGUACCCAACUGGACGCCGCUCAACCCAUACGCGAUGGAGUUGCUGGUGUCGGGUGUGAUGCAGUCGGCAGGGGGCGCGUUGUCCCCGGGCGAGGCGCUCCGCCGGGUGUUGGAGGCGGUUGCGGGGGGCCUGCUGCUGGAACACGGCCCCGGCCUGAGGGAUCCCUGCGAGAAGGAUCUCGUUGACGCGCUGGGUAACUUGCCACCACAGAAGAGAGAAGACCUCACAGCAUCAGCGCAACAGUUCCUGAGAAUGAUCGCCUUCAGACAGAUACACAAAGUGUUGGAGAUAGAACCUCUUCCCAAGUUGAAACACACCACGGGCUGGAAGUUCCCCCGCAAGCGACGCCGCUCCGCCGCCGACAACGAGUCAGACGCACCUAACGGUGAAGGCAAAGUAGUGAAGACGGAGGAAAAGGCGGACGCCACAGAGACGAGCGUCGCCGCCAAGAAAUAAUAUGUACGAGGAUAAAACUAAAACGCUGACUAAGUGGAUAUGAACACACUGAGAGAUGGAUAUAGGGAAAUGUUUAUAUUUAUUUGAGAGAGUUAUUUUCUACUAUAGUGUUAACCAGCGCGACCCGACCACGCCGGGCCGGGCCGGGCCUCCUCACCUGAAUAUAUUUUUGUGUACACGUCACGUCACAUACCUAUGUAAAUAUUACUUUUACGUCACCGAUCGAUCUGUCCAACUACGUUAUAUCGGUUUAGUCCAGAGUUAGGUAGUAGUGUAACGUAGCUAGCGCGACGUCACGGAACGUCUAUAAUUAUAGUUAUUACAGUUAGUGUAAGGCGAGAUGACAGGGAACGAGACAGUCCGACGGGCGGCCAGCGGCGAGCGGCCGACCGAGAGGCGCGCGUCGGAUCACACUUAUAUGUUAAUAUUGAUAUAGGAUCACAGUAUUCGACCUUAGAGUGUUUAGUUCCUUCGACCGUUAUUAUUUGUAGGCUAAGGACCGUAUCUAUAAGUCUGUAUAGUUUUAUUGAUCGCUGCGAGUCACGCGUCUCAUAUUUUGUGAUUCUUUACCCGCUGGUGUCGCGUUAAUUCUAAAUUAACAAUUGGAUUUGUGUGAUGUGAGUUAUAACGCGUGUUGUCGGAGCAGGCCGCGACUCCGCGAGCCUUGAUCUCUGACGUUAUGGGAGUCUGUUUGUUUCCUAUUGAGGAAUAUUCGUUUUUAUAUCCUUAUCAUACGAGACUACUUUUGGAUAUUAAUGUCAAUAAAGAGUUAAAACUAUA